CACCAACUCACUCCAUCCCCCAUCCGCCAUGCCUUCUCACCGCGACCGUGGCGCAUCUCCGCCCAAGCGACGCGCGUCAAAUCCCGCUCACCAGCCACCAUGGAAGGCGUCCAAGAUGUCGGCCGAUGCGCCAGAGUUCAAGCCGCGCGCGUUCAAAGACGAGAGGAUGAGCGACGAUGAAGACGCGGCGGUGGCGGCUUCGGGCUCGGCGACGGGGGGAAGUGCGCCUCUGAGCGCCGAGGCGCGCGAGGCGCUCACAGCCGCCGUCGCAAAGGCGCGUGUCACCCGCCCCCUUCCCAACUCGAGGAGGACGGCAGCGGCGGCCAACAUGGUCCCGCAGGCGGCAACUGUACCCAAGACACACGCGGAGAAGGACAACAAGCGGCGCCUGAUAGUCGUUCUUUCGCAGGCGUGCCUCGAAGCGUACAAGGUGUCGAGUGGGAGUGGAGGCAAGAAUGCGGCAGGCAAGGAGGCCAAGUACGCGCUGCUGAACUGCGACGACCACCAGGGCAUUCUGGCGCGCAACGGGCGCGACAUUGCCGACGCGCGGCCCGACAUCACGCACCAGUGUCUCCUCACCCUCCUCGACAGCCCGCUCAACAAGGCCGGCCUUCUCCAGGUCUACAUCCACACGGCCAAGGGCGUGCUCAUCGAGGUCAACCCGAGCGUGCGGAUACCGCGAACGUUUAAGCGUUUCUCGGGCCUGAUGGUCCAGCUCCUGCACAAGCUAUCUAUUCGUGGCGUGAACGGCUCGGAAAAGCUGCUGCGCGUCAUCAAGAACCCCAUCACCGACCACCUCCCCACCAACACGAUCAAGCUCACUCUCUCGGGCGACGCGCCCACCAUCCGCCUCUCCCAGUUCCUCCCCACCCUCCCCGAGUCGCACAGCGUGUGCGUUUUCGUCGGCGCCAUGGCCCGCGGGCCAGACAAUUUUGCCGACGCGUACGUCGACCAGAAAAUCUCCAUCUCCGACUACUCGCUCUCGGCCAGUGUCGCGUGCGGCAAGUUCUGCUGCGCCAUGGAGGAGCUGUGGGACAUUGUCUAGUAGUCUCCGUGAUCCCUCUUAGCCCCUAGGUCCUCUCUGCAAUCUCAUACCAGGUGUGCCUCAUCGCCGCCGUCUCCUGCGCCACGCGUCAACCGCCACGUGUCUGCUGUGUAUGCAUCUAGCUGCUGUCUAUAA